AUGGUUUUCAAUAAUCUUUCUCAUUUUCUUCCCAAAUCUUUAACCAAGUCUACAACCGAAAUGAAAAAUUUAGAUAUUGUGGGUCUUAAUAUUUUUUUAAAAGAACAAAGGUUGGGUUUUGAUACUAAACACUUCGAAACGCUCAAUAAACAAGAGGUUGACGGUAAUGCUUUCCUUGGGUUGACUUAUGAUAAACUUAUAGUUUCUCCCUACAUUCUUCCUGGUGGUCUAGCGGUCAAUAUAGCAAGAUUGGUUAAGGAAAUCAAUGGGCCAGGUAAAAGUCAAGGUCGUGACACUUAA